AUGCAAGCCAUGGCUUACGAUGACAUCGAGUCGCUGUUCAGUCCAUCGCUGGUCCGCGCUGUGCGGGCGGCGCAAGGCGGGGAACAGAGUCGGGUUCAGGGCGUGGCCCGUCCUGUCGACCCGGCCAUGAUCUGGGGCGCAGGCCUUGCCGCCUCGCCCAGAACCAGAGCCCACGUCACCAGACAGACCAGACCCUCCGCCGCCACUUCUGCUGCCACUGAAGGUGGGGAUAGUGAUGGCGGCGGCAGCGGCAGUGGUGCUGAUGCCGACAAUGGCGUCCUCUGGCCGGGCGGCCGUGAGAUUCGCCAUUGCCUCUCCGACUCGGAGCUUGACAGCCCAUCGAUGGUUGGCUCUGGCUCUGGCUCUGGUUCCGGCUCUGGUUCUGGUUCUGACUCUGACUCUGGCUCUGGAUCUGGCUACGGAUACGGCUCGCGUUACGAUGGCUACGACGGUUCUCGGACGCUGAGUCCGAACCCGUAUGGCUCGGGCAGUGGCUCGGGAACCGGCGGCGGGCUUGGUCGGGCGCUGAGGCAGGCGCCCGAGGCUGUUGUCCCGUUCUCGCCGGCGACAUCAGCCAGCUUUUACGGCAUCGAGUGGCCCGGCCCUCUGGCGGGACUCGACGCGUCGCGGGCAGAGGUUGGAGUCGGCGGCAGCAGCAGCGAGCCGCUGUGGACGUCUACGGCAGACGGCGGCAACGAGAGCAGCAGUCGCAGCCGGGGCGGGCGGCGGAGCCGCGCAUCGGCUGGGCGUGGAACGAGAGUUUACGACGCGAGCCAGCCGGUUCCGGUCUCGCCGCGUGCGCUCGAGGUGGCGCGGGCCGAGUGGCCAGCAAGCGGCGGGCACCCGCCCGUCCUGGUCUUCUCGGCGCGGUUCGAGUCGGGCAAUCUCGCGAGUGCAAUACGAGUCGGGCCGGCCGAGUACGAGCUGACGAUGGCCCCCGACGUUGGGACGCUCUGUCAUGCGCAGUGGUUCUACUUUGCUAUUAGCGGCGUGGUGCCGGGCGUCAGCUACACCUUUACCAUCACCAACUUUAUCAAGCCCGACUCGACGUUCAACCGCGGCCAGUUGCCGGUGGUGUACUCGGAUGCCGAGGCGGCGCGGUCGGGCAAGUCGUGGUGGCAUGCCGGCUUUGACGUCUGCUACACCAAGACCAAGCGCAAGCGUCCGGGCACGCGCGCCGCCUACUACUAUCAGCUCAGCUUUUCGCUCCGCUUCCCACACGCCGGAGACACUGUAUACAUUGCGUAUGCUUAUCCCUACACCUACACCCUCCUCCGCAAGCGGCUGGCGAGUCUCACUGCGGCGGCGCGCAAGGUGCUGCCUCCCGGCACAGUCCACCUCUCGACGCUCUGCCACACGCUGGCUGGCAAUCCAGUUCCGAUGCUGCGGGUGAGCGAGCCGAGCGCGCCAGCGCCGCGCCCUGGCAUUGUCUUUACCGCCCGAGUCCACCCCGGCGAGUCGCCGUCAUCGUGGAUCAUGGACGGCCUGCUCGAGGCCCUCCUUGCGCCUCACGGGCCCGGCGCUCUGCUCCGGUCCACCUUUGACUUUCUUGUCAUCCCCAUGCUCAACCCCGAUGGAGUCAUCCGCGGCAACUACCGGUGCUCGCUGGCUGGCGUUGACCUCAACCGUCAGUGGGCCAAGCCGUCGUCGCUAGUUGUUCCGUCGAUCUUUCACGCUAAGGCCGCCAUUGCCGCCUUUCAUAACCUGCACCCGGUUGCGCUGGCCGUCGACGUCCACGCUCACUCGCGAGCGCACGCCAUGUUCAUGUACGGCUGCGAGGACACCACGCCCGGCUCGCCGCCCUACGCCGCGCAAGUCUUUCCGCGCCUUCUUUAUCGCCGCUCGCUCCUCUUCUCCUUUUCGCAGUGCUCGUUCAAGGUCUCCAAGUCGAAGGAGUCGACUGCCCGCGUUGUCCUCACCCGCGAGCUUGGCAUCGCCAACUCGUACACUCUCGAGUCGACCUUUGGCGGCGCAACAGCCGGCCCGCUUGCCGGCCUCCACUUUGUGCGCGACGACCUCUCCUCAAUGGGCACCGCUCUGCUGGAGACGCUCGUUGAGCUGGGUGGGCCUGGCGCAACCGUCCGCGACGACACUCUUGCCGAGCUCGCCGUUCUCCACGCAUCGCUGGCGUCCCGCGGCGACGACGGUGGUGACACCGACGACGAGCUCGACGACUCGGCUGCCGCGUCUUCCAUCUGUCGCGCCGCCAAGGCCCGGGCCAAGCGUCGUGUCUCGCGCACGCAGACCCGUACCCGUCGGACCGGUGCAAAGUCGCGCCGCCGCAAGCUGCGCAAGUCGUCGUCGGCCAUUGUCAUCUCGUCGCGCUCGACCUCGUCUCUCCGCGCCAAGCCGACUCGCGGCCAGGCUCGCGCCCGCGCCCGUGUUCGCGCCAAGUCCAAGCCCAAGCCCAAGCUUAAGCCCAAGGGAAAGACCAAGCCGUGUCGUGCGCUCGCCGUCGCCCGCUCCUGCCCCUCGCCGUCGCCGAUGCCGAUCGCCAAGGUCGACUCUGAGUCCAAGCCCGCGUCGAGAGGCAGGGUCAAGGUCAAGGUCAAGGCCCAGGCCAAGGCCAAAGCCAAGGCCAAGGCCAAGACCAAGGCCAAAGGCAAGGGAAAGUUUAAGGUCAAGACCGAGCCGAGGUCCAAGCCCAAAGCCAAGCCGACCAAGCCGUUCCCCGGUCGCCGAUCAAAGGGCUGAAAGAGCUGAUCGUCGCCCACGAAGCACUCCUACCCUGCCUAGAGUAUAACACGACC